AUGUCUACUUUGGCUUCUGUAAAAAAGGAUUAGGCGGUUAUCAAGGAUAUCAUGAAGUUUAAGUUCAAAGAGCCCAAAUUGAGAGAAACUACUUUGGAUAAAUCUGUUAGAUGCAUGACAUUAGGUAUUAAAAAACAGAAUUUAAUAAAGGAGUUUCUUAUUGAUGAAAUUCAGUCAAUAGAUUUAUGCGUUGAUAGGAUUUACGAAAUCAAGAGAUAACUCAAGUUAGAAAGAUAAGAGUUUUUCAGAAGGCCUUUGACUUAAGCAAGGAUAAAAGAAAAAAGAAAGAAUGAUGAGCACUACGAUGAUUUUAUAAAUGACUACGAAGAAUAGGAAAGCAAAUUGAAGGAUUAUGAGCUCGUUUAUUAUAAUAUUAAGAGUUAAAACAACAAAGCUACUACUUAUGCUACAAUAACUGCAUCCACUGAUGCUAAUCCUGUUUCUGUUGCCGCGUCUUCUAAGAUUUUGGGUAUAGACAAAGAAAAGACAGCAGGAGAGAAGAAAAAAGAAAAAAAGAAUUUACAAAUGUAUGGAAAAUUAAUUUAAAAAGACCCUGUUUUCAGAAUGUACAAAACAAAAAUGGCAGACGAUGGCAUGUUUGUUGAUGAAGAAAUAGAAGCACCUUCUUUCAAGUACAAGUAUUUGACAAAGGAUUAGCUUUUGCAAUAGAAAAUUGAUAAUUUACCCAAAAAGCAUAACAUUCCUGAAAAAUACUGCAGAUGCUGCAAUUAACUAGUUAGGAGACAUUAUUGUCCUCAUGACUACUGUGAAAAGCCAUGCUUGAGAUAGGAAAAAGAAAAACGUUUAAGAUAGCAGUAUUUGGAUAAAAAUGGUGGAGUGAGAAAACAGAAAAAACCACUUUAUAGAGCAAGUAUUUUGGCAAACGAUAUUUCUCAAGCUAAAUCUGCUUUAGAUGAAACAAUGACAAUAGAAUAAUAAUAGGAAGCAGAAAGAAUAAAGCAAAUGAAAAUUUAAGCACAUUUGCAAUAGUAAAAAGAGCAGGAAUUAAAAAUAUAACAAUUUAAGCUCUAGCAUGCUGAGUAAUUACAGCCUAAGAAAAAAGGAAGAAAGCCAAAAAUUAAAGUACCUGAAGGAACACCAUCAAAUACAAAUAACAACAAUUAAGGUACGAGCUAAAUAAAUAGCACAUAUUAGCAAGCAAAUCCUUCAGCAAAUAAUAGUGUUAUGAAAGGAGAUUACGAUUCCAUUUCAAAAGGUGAUAUGUCAAUUGAGUAUGCAGACAAUAAGUAUUAAAAUAUUAUAAAUAACAAUUCUAUGAUGAUGGACAUUGAAAAGCAAAAUAAUAAAGAUAUACAUAUGGAUCCCUAUAUAAAUAGAAAGGGAUCUUUUAAUAUACCAUCAGGUGGAAACAAUCCAUAUGAAACUAAAGAUAAAAUAGACUAUAAUGAUUUCACUCACAAAAACGACUCCUAUCAUGAUGAGCAGUAAAUCUUAUAACAACUGGUUGCCCAAGAAAAUGUACAAAACCUCUUAGGCAGUAAAAUUAUUUAUAGAGCAGAAGAUUCCUCUUACGAAUCAAGUAGCAGUGGAAUCUCAUCAGGAUCAUCUGAUGAUGAAGAUAAAAUUAAGAUCGAUGACGAUUGA